AUGCAGAAUGCGUCGUUUGUGGCGACAAAUCGAGCGGCAAGCACUACGGACAAAAUUCGUGCGAGGGGUGCAAGUCGUUUUUUAAGCGAUCGAUCCGUCGAUCGCUCUCCUACACCUGUCGCGGCCAAAAAAAUUGCCCCGUCGAUAUUAACCACCGGAAUCAGUAUCAUCCCGAAAUCAACCGAUCAAAAUGUUGAACAACUCUUUGAGCGUCUACUUGAUGUGGAAGAGAAUCUGCCGAUCGAGCCGAAUUUUCCCAAAUUUUUGCUAGCCUGGGCGCGUGAGUUCAAGCAGUUCGAAGAGCUGUCCUUACAGGAUCAGAAAGCGCUGCUACUGCAUAAUUACACGUCGCUGGCAUUGAUUUUCGAUGAAGAGGCCGGAAAUGAGGUCAUCUCCACCCGCUUGAAGCAGAUGGAGCUCAACAAAAUCGAGCGAGUACUGCUGAAGGGGAUUUUGUUGUUCACUUCCGAAGGCGUCGAACUGGAGGCCAAACCGGCGAUAAGAAAGCUGCCAGAAGCCUUGGUGCACGUCUUGGCAGACAAGUUAAGGGAUAGAAAGGACGGUCGUCUCGCUAAAAUCCUCCUCUUCCUGCCCUCCCUCCUGAAUCUAGAGAUUUCAGAAAGCGGAAGAUCCGGAAUCGAAGCCCUCUUUCAACCCUCGAAACCUACCCCAAAGAUGUGGUCAAUAUCGGGAAUUCUGCCCGAA